AUGGACCAAGAAAAAGGACCAUUUGCCGGGCUAGCAGCUUUUCUGAGUGACGAAGUCCAACCUCUUCACGCCGACUUGCUUCUGUUUACUUGCUGCUUGACUUCCGGGUUGAUUGAUAGUACAACAUACAAUGGGAAUACUAUCUUUGUUGGACUGGGUGCAUCGAACCAAAAUCCACGUCCGUACGGAUGGGCUCGUUCUCUGACAUCCAUUGGAUGUUUCACUAUAGGAUGCUUUCUCUUCGCAAGACUGAACCGUGCUGUCGGGGCACGGCGGCGGGGAUGCUUGAUGUUAUCUUUCCUCAUCCAGGCCAGUAUCAUCUUGAUUACUGCUAGUCUUAUCGAGAGUGGUGUUAUCUCGAGUGCUUUAGACAAUCAGUCACAAGAAACGACGGAAUGGAACCAAGAGGCCCCGAUCGUACUUCUCAGCCUUCAGUCGGCGGGUCAGAUCGUUGCGAGCCGGGCCCUAGGCUUCAACGAAAUCCCGACCGUGGUGAUCACGAGCCUUUUGUGUGAUUUGAUGUCGGAUCCCCAACUAUUUCUCUUGCAAAAUGAAAAGCGCGAUCGACGCGUCGUAGCCUUCAUUUUGACCCUGGCAGGUGCUAUUGUCGGCGGUUGGGUCACAAAGGCUACCAGGGACAUUGCGCCCAUUCUCUGGUUAUCCGCGGGAAUCAAACUAUCGGUGGUCAUUGCGUGGGGAUUCUGGAAAACCGGCUAA